AUGGGCAAGUCACACCUACCGCUGUGGCUGCUGCCACUGCUGCUGCCUGCCCUCUGUGGUCCAGGUGCUGCUGUGUCGGCUGUUUCACCCUUGGCCUGUGCUCAAGGCCCUGCCUUUUGGUGCCAAAGCCUGGAGCAAGCAGUGCAGUGCAAAGCCCUGGGACACUGUCUUCAGGAAGUCUGGGGACAUGUGGGAGCCGAUGAUCUGUGCCAAGAAUGUGAAGACAUCGUUAACAUUCUCAUCAAGAUGACCAAGGAGGCCAUUUUCCAGGAAACGGUGCGGAAGUUCAUGGAACACGAGUGCGAUGGCCUCCCCUUGAAGCUGCUGGUGCCCCAGUGUCACCACGUGCUCGACGUCUACUUCCCCCUGGCCAUCGCCUACUUCCAGAGCCAGAUUAGCCCAAAGGCCAUCUGCCAGCAUGUAGGACUGUGCACACCCGGGUCACCAGAGCUGGAACGGAAGCCCAGAAUGGCAGCUCCUUCCCAAGAUCCUUUGCCUGACAAGUUGGUCCUCCCCAAAUUGCUGGAGGCCCUCCCAGCGAAGCCCGGGUCUCAUACCCAGGAUCUGUCCCAGCAGCAGCUCCCCAUCCCUCUACCCUUCUGCUGGCUCUGCAGGACCCUUCUCAAGCGGGUCCAGGCUGUGAUUCCCAAGGGUGUGCUGGCCUUGGCUGUGGCCCAGGUGUGCCACGUGGUACCCCUGGUGGCGGGUGGCAUCUGCCAGUGCUUGGCUGAACGUUACACUGUCCUCCUGCUGGACGCGCUGCUGGGCCGUGUCCUGCCCCAGCUGGUCUGUGGCCUUGUCCUCCGAUGCUCCAGCGAGGACAGCAGUGGACAAGUCCUGCCCGCUCCGGAGACCCUGCCAGGGGAGUGGCUGUUGCAAGAUUCCGAAUGCCAUCUCUGUAUGUCAGUAAUGAGCCAGGCCAGGAACAACAGUGAGCAGGCCAUACCGCAGGUGAUGCGCCAGGCCUGCCUCAGCCCUGAGUUUGACAGAAAAAAGUGUGAGCAGUUUGUGGAGCAGCACACGCCCAAGCUGCUGAGUAUGCUUUCCAGCGACUGGGAUACCCGUACCACCUGCCAGGCCCUGGGGGUGUGUGUGACCAUGCUCAGCCCUCUCCAGUGCAUCCACAAUCCCAACUUCUGAUGAGGCUUCAGCUGUGCAGGACCUCGCACUGGUGGACACCAGACCCCAGCAUGUGACUGCGACCUUGCCUCCACCUCGUCUGUCCCUGUCAGCACCACUCCUGUCCCCUCCAGCAAGCACCAAGGGCAGUCCUCUGUCGCAGGCUCACAGACUGCGCUUGCAGCCUCAUCCCACCAGAACCACAGCCUUCCAGAGGGUGGGGCUGACAGAAAAUUGUCCUCCUUCUUCCCCUCAACAAAGGUUCCCCAGAGAUUGGCUUUACCGUUAGUUACUAACACUUCUACAGAGUUGAAAAUCCAGAAGAGGGGUUGGCGCUGUGAUCCAGUGGGUUAGGCUGCCGCCAGCAGUGCCGACACCUCCAUGGGGUGGCCAGUUUGAGUCCUGGCCACUCCACUUCCAAUCCAGCUCCCUGCUGAUGCACUGGGGAAAGCAGAAGAUAGCU